UGAGGCUAAUGGAAAAGGGCGGAAGGGAAGUCAGUUAAAAUGUAGACGCUAAAAUAGCCCUGACAGAUCCACGUGCGCACUCGUGGAGUCGAAUGUGACUUUAGGUGACGUUUGAACGUUUGGACGGUCUGCAGCGCCUACAUGCCGUCUUUUUUUACUUUAAACUUGGAAUAUCAUUGGAGACCUGGCAAUAUCUUUACCUUAACACUGAUGACAGCUUAAGCUGUUGUAUUUUUGUUUGUGGCUAUGGACAUGUCAACCUGUGCUCAUUACUCUUCUUUCUGUCACUAAAUGCAGAAUAUUAUAAAUAUAGCUACAAAACAUAAUUCUGAGUUGAUUUGAGACGGAGGCGUGGCAUGACAACAUUUGCAACGUAACGGCGUCCGCAACAGGAAUACUCUCCUAAUUUGGCUGCAUCUUCCUGCGCUGUCACCUCUCACCAUGGUACAAUUCUCCCGCGUGUGGAGCCACUGCUCUGUAUUUACCGCCUUGCGACUUCAGAGAAGCUGGCUGAACUUUAUUCAAGGGUCUUUGAGGUGUUCUAGCACAAAAGCGGCCCCUCGUUUUACAAGAAUGGAGUAUCAGGAUGCGGUGUGCACACUCAACACACUGCAGACCAAUGCCAGCGUCCUGGAGCAGGUGCGUCGGGAGCGGGGCCCUCCACAACACCAGCUCCAGGCCAUGAAAGGCUUUCUGCAACGAGCAGGCCUCACGGUAGAGGAAUUGGACCAUUUAAAUAUUAUUCACGUCACUGGAACAAAGGGCAAGGGAUCAACAUGUGCGUUCACCGAGCAGAUUCUCAGAAGCUAUGGCUUUCGUACUGGAUUUUACAGUUCACCUCAUUUGGUACAAGUCAGGGAGAGAAUCCGGAUUAAUGGUCAACCUAUUAGCAAGGAGCUCUUCACAAAGUACUUCUGGCAGGUAUACGGCCGGCUGGACGAGACUAAGGACUGCCAUGGGGGAUUGAUGCCAGCUUACUUCCGUUUUCUCACCAUCCUGGCCUUCCACAUCUUUCUUCAAGAAAAGGUGGAUUUGGCGGUUAUUGAAGUUGGGAUAGGUGGAGCCUAUGAUUGCACAAACAUCAUCAGACGACCAUGGGUAUGUGGAAUAUCUUCGCUUGGAAUAGACCACACGAGUAUCCUGGGAGACACCAUAGAGAAGAUAGCAUGGCAGAAAGGUGGCAUUUUUAAGCCAGGAGUUCCAGCUUUCACAGUGAAGCAACCCGAGGGGCCCCUGACUGUCCUCCAACAGCGAGCAGAAGAAAUGGGAUGCUCUCUCUCUGUGUGUCCUGACCUGAGCGAGUAUCCGGUAGAUGAGGGCAUCCUGCGUCUGGGUUUGGCUGGGCAGCACCAGUGCAGCAACGCCACCCUGGCCCUGCAGCUCAGCCACAGUUGGCUCCAGAGACGCUGCCUACCUGAUAAGCACCUCCCCUCUGCGGCCGUGUUCAGUGGCGUGAUCCAGGCCAAAGCGUUCAAGCCCAGCCCCGUCAUAGUGAAAGGCCUGGCGGACACGGUGUGGCCUGGCCGCACGCAGACCCUGAGGCGCGGCCACCUCACGUACUACCUGGACGGAGCGCACACCACGGGCAGCAUGCUAGCCUGCGCCCGCUGGUUCAACGAGGCUGCUGCCCAACGCGAGAGCAUGGCUGGAGGCCCGGUGGUGAGGGUGCUACUGUUCAAUGCCACGGGGGAGAGAGACUGUGCCGCCAUGCUGAAGCUUCUUGUGCCAUACCACUUUGACUUUGCUGUGUUCUGCCCCAAUAUUACGGAGACGAUAGCUACGUGUAACGCAGACCAACAGAACUUCAACGUCUCCGUGGAGAACAUGCUCACACGUUGCCUGGACAACCAGCAGAGCUGGAGGCUGCUGACUGGCCAGGGCGAGAAGCCGGGGGCGGAGCUCCUGAUCUCGGGUACCCUGCCUCGGGUUGCCGAGCGCCGGAACGACACACUGGUCUUCCCCUGCAUCCUCAGCGCCCUCCAGUGGAUCACGCAGGGCAGGGACUCUGUGCUGGCCGACCCAGGCAAACGGGUCAUCCCCGUCAAGCCCAGUGUGGCCGCCAAGGCCUCGGCGCUCCGCGACGCCACCGAGAUCCACGUCCUCAUUGCCGGAAGCCUGCACCUGGUCGGGGGAGCCCUCAAACACCUGGACCCCGUAUUUUCCUCUUAAGAAAAGGCCUGGUGCUGUGUGUUUGUGUUUGCACUGGGUGUGUAAGAGCACUGUCAAACUCCUCUGUCUGUUGGUAGAGUGAUGAGUUAACCUUGGGAGACAUCGAUCAGAUGUCCACCCACUGGAGAGUCAAGGAGGUUAUAGCACUUAGUACACUCACACAUAGAGUGUAAUGCCGUCAGAGAGCGGUAACUAAAUGUCUUUUAUUCUGGUGCCCCACUUUAUUAUGUUGAGCAAAGCCAAAUUCUUUGGUUGGUGCCUUACAGUGCCACCGUGACACAUAAAAAAAAACGUCUUCAUACUUGAAGCCAGCUGUUUACAGGAACUUUUGGGGGAAAAGGGUUUUGUACUCCUAAGAUAAAUUACAUUUAUGCUUUACCCUUUUCUUUUUUUUGUGUGAGGGUGUGACUUCCUCCUAAUGGAGCUCCUUUUUUUAAAAUCACAAUGUCUCUGUAAGGAUGAACUGGUUCAUUGCGCUUUUGUACCAAAUGGCAAUGAGUUGUGUGAAUGUGGAUCUUUUUUUUUGUGUAAUUGUAUCUUUAGUUUAACAUUUUUUUGGUUGAUUUUCUUGGUGAAUACCUAUUGUCCUUUGAAAACCAGCUAAAAUAAGUGUUGCAGGGUUAUUCCCAGCGAUUUGUAUUGAAUGAGAAUUGUAAUAUAAUUGUCCAGAUGGAUCAUGUUGUAUAUGGUAUUGGUUUAGAGCUAGACUAGCCUGACUGACUAGUAAUGUGCUAAUAUGCUCCCUAUAUAGUGUGGAAGACAGUACACACUAUCUACAAACCACACUUUCAGCUGUACAAAUAGUUUACACACCCUCAGCUUAGCUGUUUUUUUGUUUCUGAGAUCAGUGUGUCAUCUGUGUGAGGUUUGUCCAGAUUUUAUCCAGACGUUGUGAAUGGACCUGUUCUGAAAUACGUUUGAUCUCACUCUCGCUCCUGUCACGUACACUUGUUCCUUGAGGAAGCCACCAGUCAAACAUACUGGCACUGCACACAACACAAAAGUUUGAGUGUCUUUACUCUGGGAUCUAUAAUAGGUCAACUUCUGUGGUAGAAGAGCCCAGUGAGUGAGAGGAUAUGGAAACAUUUUGAGGGUGGGGGUGUUGUAACUUACUGUGCACCUGAGCAUUCUUUUAAAUUCCUCUAUUAAAUCAAAAAUGAUGUAUUUAAUGGAAUAAAAUAUAGGAGAGUUGUUUGUAUUAAAUAUUUCAACACUAA